UGUGAGGCUCUUAUUCUAUCCAAAAAAGAUAGAAUAAGAAUAAUAUGAUGCCAAAUUGUCAUGGCCCCCAUACCCACAUUUCCUUACCUUAUUACCAUUUCAAACUAACAUGAAGAAAAAAACUGAACAAACUGAAGAACAACAAGAACUUGAAAUCAUCAAGGCUGUGGCCCAAGCGUGGCUCGGUCACACCACCACGACGUCGUCACCUGCCUCCACGAACGAGUUUGAUGCACGUCGUCUCAAUUUCAAGAACAAGCCCACUCGGUUUAAGCUUGAAGCAAUGACUAAACCAUCGCGCGACUAUAGCCACAAUGAUGGGCUUUUGACAAGUUGGGAUUUCAAACAAUCGCUUUGGGACUCUUAUGAGUUAGUGGCUGUGUCAAGAAGGCUAGAGACCGGGUUAUUAUUGGAGAACGAGUUUAAUGAGAUGAGUAAGGGCCAAUCUAAAAAGAAAAAGAAAGAGAGCAAGAAUAGCCUCAGGAACGUACUUAAUCGAACAUCAUCCAGGAGGUUUGAUGAACAAAUACCUUCCUAAAUGAUUUUUGUGAAUUUGGGUAAGGUUAUGGGCUUUGUAAAUUUUCUUAAUUUAGUUUGUUUCAUUUAAAAGUUACUUUGAGCUCUUAGAAAAUACAGAUUCUGUAUCCAAAUGAUGUACUUGAUGAUAUAAAGAAUGUCAUUUACUUAA